CUGAACUAUUCAUCUGAUCAUCAAAGCCACUCGCGAGCAAAUCUUGGGUUAGCCUGCUGCCAAAAUGGGUGCUUACAAGUACGUGCAAGAGAUCCAGCGGAAGAAGCAGUCGGAUCUCGUUCGCUUCUUGCUGCGAGUCCGCUGCUGGCUCUACCGACAGCUCAAUGUCAUCCACCGUACCAGCCGACCUUCGAGACCGGACAAGGCACGCAGACUGGGUUACAAGGCAAAGCAGGGAUACGUCGUCUACCGUGUUCGAGUCCGCCGAGGCAACAGGAAGCGUCAGGCUCACAAGGGUGCCACAUACGGCAAGCCUACCAACCAGGGUAUCCACCUGAAGUACCAGCGCUCGCUUCGUUCGACUGCAGAAGAGCGUGUUGCUCGCCGUUGCGGCAAUCUGCGUGUCCUCAACUCCUACUGGGUCAACCAAGACGGAGUGUACAAGUACUACGAAGUCAUCCUCGUCGACCCCUCGCACAAGGCCAUCCGCAAGGAUCCUCGCAUCAACUGGAUCGUCAACCCAGUCCACAAGCGUCGCGAGUCUCGCGGACUCACUGCUGCCGGCAAGAAGAACCGCGGUCUCGGCAAGGGUCAUCGCCACAACCACAACCCGGCCAAGGCGACCUGGCGCAAGCACAACACGCUCUCUCUCCGUCGCUACCGUUAGAGAAGCUGCUCAUGUUGUCGCACGAGGCUUCAUUUUGCUGCUACAACAACAGGGCAGUGCCGCCUUUGGGUUUGAACUUGCGUGCGACUCUGUCUGCCGAGCGAUACGCAAAUUGGUUGCCAUAGAUCUCGAAUGUGAGCUCC